GUCAUAUGGAUGAACAUGAUUGUAAAAUGGUCGUACGAGACACACUGAUUUCAUCUGCUUCCAAAACUGAUCUAUACCCAGUUUCCUAUCACUUCUCUCUUUUUCUCUGCGCCAGAAAUUCAAAACCCACCAAAUCGCGAGCGAGCAAGUGUUCAAGCGAACUUCCCAAGUUCUAGGGUUCCCCAACCACCAUGGACCAGGCCGAAUUAACCGUCGAUCAGGUUCUCAGUAGGGAUAUCCCAUGGGAGACUUACAUGUCCACCAAGCUCAUCUCAGGAACUAGCCUUCAGCUCUUACGGCGUUACGAUCACCGAUCAGAAAGCCACAGAGCACAGUUGCUUGAUGAUGAUGGUCCUGCUUAUGUUCGCGUCUUUAUUCAUGUUUUGCGCGAUAUUUUCAAAGAAGAUACAGUGGAGUAUGUUUUGGCACUGAUAGAUGAAAUGCUUACUGCAAACCCGAAGAGAGCAAGACUUUUUCAUGACAGCGCUCUUGCAGAUGAAGAUACUUAUGAGCCUUUCCUAAGAUUGCUUCGGAAAGGAAAUUGGUUCAUACAAGAGAAAAGUUGUAAGAUCCUUGCCUUAAUAGCUAGUGCCAGGCCAAAAAAUCAGAAAGAGAUUGCUUCGAAUAGAGAAGCAUCAAACGAAAAGAAACCAUUUACCUCUAUUGAUGAUGUUUUAAUAGGAUUGGUGAAAUGGCUUUGUGAGCAGCUGAAGAAACCUUCUCAUCCCACCCGUGGAGUGCCAACUGCUAUCAAUUGCCUAGCAACACUACUUAAGGAACCUAUCGUUAGGUCUUCCUUCGUCCAAGCAGAUGGGGUCAAGUUGCUUGUUCCAUUGAUUUCUCCAGCAUCCACUCAACAGUCUAUUCAGCUUCUUUAUGAAACAUGUCUCUGCAUAUGGCUCUUGUCCUAUUUCGAGCCGGCAAUUGAAUAUCUGGCUACUUCAAGGACCCUUCCGAGACUUAUUGAUGUUGUUAAGAGCACUACAAAAGAGAAGGUUGUUAGAGUUGUUGUCUUGACUCUUAGAAACUUGCUUUCAAAAGGGACGUUGGGUGCUCAGAUGGUGGACCUUCAGCUUCCACAAGUUGUUCAGAGUUUAAAAGCACAAGCUUGGAGUGAUGAGGACUUGCUUGAGGCGCUGAAUUCCCUGGAAGAAGGGCUUAAGGAUAACAUCAAGAAACUAAGUUCUUUUGAUAAGUACAAGCAAGAAGUUCUUCUUGGCAAUCUGGAUUGGUCUCCCAUGCACAAGGAUCUCAUAUUUUGGCGAGAAAAUGUCACCAAUUUUGAAGAGAAUGAUUUCCAGAUCGUAAGGGUCCUAAUAACAAUUUUGGACUCGUCCAAUGAUCCAAGGACUCUGGCUGUUGCAUGCUUUGACCUUUCACAGUUUGUCCAGUACCAUCCAUCUGGGCGGAUUAUUGUGGCCGACCUCAAAGCCAAGGAACGGGUGAUGAAACUUAUGAAUCAUGAGAGUGCUGAGGUUACUAAGAAUGCACUGCUCUGCAUCCAACGGCUUUUCUUAGGGGCUAAGUAUGCAAGCUUCUUGCAGGCUUAGAUCUAUUGCUCAAUUGCCGGCAACGUUUCAUCUGCCUCACAAAUGGGAUCGACUUUCCCGUGUACAAGGUUUAUUCAUUGUUUUAGCGAGUAAUUUAUUGUUUAUGGCCAUUAAGUGUCCAGUUCGAGCAGUAGAAGAAAUUUGAUGCCAGAAAUAAGCAUUCUCUGCUAUUGAAUAAAUCAAGUUUUGUAACUUUAUACUCAAAGUUGUGCUACAAGCCUGUAGGUAUGUUAAACUUUUUAUAAAUAAAAUUUCUCGUUGAUAUGGA